AUGAAUCAGCCAUUCUACUUCGACAAUAGACGCCGUAGCCAGGGGAAUAAUGGUCAAUCCCCGCGAUCACCCUUCAACAGCCCAAAUCAGCAGCAAAGUCCAGGAAGUGGAGACUUUCGUGGAUUUAACAGAAGAGGAGGCUACCACCACCGGCACUCCUUUCCCCAGAGUCCCUACAGACAGCAUUACUCACCACAUGCCUCACGAGGAUCACGGGAUAGCUUCCGCGGAAGGAAUAGCCAGAAUUUCAUGGAGAAGAGGGAAGUUCCCAUUAGUAAGUACUUCCAUCCCUCAAUGCUGGAAGAUCCCUGGGCAGCUCUCCUGGGGAAAAUUAGUGAAUCCAGCGAUGGAAGAGCUGGGAAAGAUGACAAAGAUGCUGAAGAAAUUCCAAAUGAUUCCACGGAAGUUGUUCCAGACGAGCAGGAAGAAGCAGACGAAAUGUCCCAAUCAAUAAGAUCAGAAGAAAAUGACGAAAAUUGUGAAGGAAAUGCGGAAAAUACGUAAUAUUUUAAUUCCAAAAUUGAGAAAAAAUAAAGUUUUUGUAUUGAGAUUUA